CAGGCUUAAGACGGUGGAGGUAAGCGAUGUCGUACUGGGGCUUAUACCGAGUUCCUGUUUCCUGAUGGGCUAAGUGGAUGAACUCGGUGACGUCAUCACAGUCGCUGUGAGCCGUGCAGAUGUUUAUAACGCCUACGGGUUUAAGUUCGCUAACUUAUGUUCGUGGUCCGAUGUCGGAGAUAGAAGAUGAAUUUGAAAUGAAUUAGUACUGAGACCGUGUUUGAAUGUACUGAAGGACAAUUGCACAACCUUACAGAAUUGUACGAAAACGAUUUGUUAUUUUAGGAAUCGUUUCGUAUGACAACGCGUGACAUCAGUGACCUUAAUCAAAAUGGACAACAUCACUCAGCGUUUAAUGGAACAGAAGUUCGACCUUCAAGAAGACGACAUCAUCGAUGACUAUGGAUCAAGUUACGACAGCACGACCAACACGUCCGACGGCGAUAAACGCCGGUGUUCUUGUCUAACAGAUCAACACAAGACAUUAUUUCGCGCCUUGAUGGGGGAGCUGGUUGGGGUAUGUUUCUAUGUGUUUAUCGGGUGUAUGGCUACCCCCCACCCCGAAGGAGUGUACCCUGGAACUACACAUCCGGGCGCCGGAGCUAUACCAGUGGCGCUCGCCCAUGGACUGGGUCUUGCAUCCCUCAGCGCUGUGCUGUUAAAGAUCAGCGGUGCCCACCUCAACCCUGCCGUGACCUUGGGCGUGGUGCUGUGUGGGGAGAUGGGCCUGGGUGCAGGGCUGGCGUAUGUCGCCACCCAGACGGUGGCUGGGGUAAUUGGAGCGGCACUCUGCAGGGCCAUUUUACCAGAGAAUGUCUUUAUCGGCAUUAAUGGCGGCGCUCACGUGCUGCACGUGGGGCCCGGGCCGGGUGUCGUCUGCGAGGCGCUGUUGACGUGUGUAGUCGUCCUCACUUACAUCCUCGCUGUCAUCGACCCCAACACGAUGUCGGGAAGGGGGCCUAUCGCCAUCGGCUUCUCCGUCGUUGUCUGCACCCUCGCAGGGGUCGCUGCAACAGGUGGGUCUAUGAAUCCUGCCAGGAGUUUUGGAUCAGCUGUCGCUGUUAGUGCCUUCAAUGGGGACGUCUGGAAGUAUCACUACAUCUAUUGGGCUGGACCAGUUUUCGGAGCUGCAAUAGCCGUAUUUUUUUACAGGUUUGUGUUUGCAAGCCCGGAGAAACGACUCGUGGUGUGUGGAUCCAAGGGCGAUCAACGCAAGGCUGCUAAACUCUCUCAGAUCACGAGUUUCCCUCAAUCCGGACACAUUAAUUAAUACAAUAGUGAUGUAGAGUUAAGCUCGAGGCACGAGAUGCGUCAACAACAUACGUAACAGCGUUGUCUUCCUGGUUUGGUCAAGAGCUUCUGGGAUGAUCAUGUGCUGGCUGCAGGGGCGGAGGGUAGCCUAGUGGUUAAAGCGUUCGCUCGUCACGCCGAAGACCCGGGUUCGAUUCCCGACAUAGGUACAAUGUGUGAAACCCAUUUCACGUGUCCCCCGCCGUGAUAUUGCAGGAAUAAAUC